AUGAAAACUCCACGAACCCGUAAAGGGCGCGGUAAACAUGGGCGAAAACUUGGCAAAGUAACCUUGGAUACCGAAAAAAGCCUUAAUGAUAGCUUCGGUGAAGAACUCAAAGAAAUUCCGGGACAUUUUAUGUACAAUGAAGAAAACGACGCAAUCCAGCAGGUCUUAAAGCUGCCUGAUAUUUCUGUAAGUGAUGGAUCUGAACAUAAGGGAGGUAACAAGCGUGAUUUAAGUUUGCCACCUAUCAGCGGCGAAGACAAAAGCACUAAUGAACAUAGAAAACAAACCGGUGGUCACACAAAACUACCUAAGAUUAACACAGAACCACGAAAUAGUGGCUCUGUUAUGAGGUCCGCCUCAUGGCUGGAGAAGCAGGACAUGUCGACCAUUAGUUGGAAGAAAGCUUUGGAUGUUUUGGAUGACAAA